AUGGGAGAUCACCAAACCCAAUCGUUGUGGCGGAUGCGCCUAUGCUCCGCCCUACGCACGGCUUUGGCAUGCAUCAUAGUCGGCUGCACCACCCUCUAUGGACCUCCACAACUUCAAAAGUACUUAACCUACUCGUCCUUUUCGUACAUCACCACAAUCCUAAUAGUCCCGGACGCAACGGUUGGGGACGUCAUGAGAAGCAGUUGGCAUGUGAUCUUUGCCACGGCACAGGUUCUGGUGUCUUCUGUGCUGACCCUUUGGUUGGUGGAGCCUAAAAACUUUUCGGUGGGGGUAGCGGCAGCGGCAGUAGCACUGAGUGCUUUUGUGGUGGCGUUGCCGGAGUCCACGCACUUGAUGUCUAAGAGAAUUGCAUUUGGGCAGUUUGUGAAUGUUUAUGUUGGCACUGUGAUUCACGGUGCUCAAACUGGAGUUGUCAUGCACCCACUUGGUGUUGCAUCCAGCACUGCCCUUGGAGCUCUAGCUUCUGUUGUGGCCGUCUUGUUUCCUUAUCCUCGGCUAUCUUACUACGAGGUCUGUAAAUCGUGGCGGCUGUAUGCCGGAAAUGCAUCCCAGAGGUUAACUCGCUUCAUCGAGGCCAUCGCUUCCCGGGACAAGAGCGGAGCACUCGAACUCCUUUCUCAAGGACAAUCUCUCUCUAAAGAAGCUGCUAAGCUUCUUCAUAACAUCACUAAUAAUCUGGAAACCAUGGUGUGGGAGAGACCACAUAUCAAAUUUCUGAAACCAAAAUACAUGGACUUGGGUGAAAGGUUGCAAGAAACGGAGGUUCCACUGAGGGGGAUGGAGAUAGCUUUAUCUAGUUGCUCUUCACAUCCUGUUAACCUGAUUGAUGAAGAGCUAAGAGGCAAUUUACAAAGUUCAGAAGCACAUGUUAGACUAAGGCUUCUGCAAGCUAAGUACUCUUUGCCUUCCGAUGCAACAUUAGCUCCAGAGUCGGACAGAGAAAUCUUCGACAAGCCCCUUUGGACCAAAAAACCCACCACCAAAAACCAUGAGGACCUUCCGGCUUUCUUCUUCUUGUACUGCAUGGAACUCCUACUAGAAAAUCAGCCCAUUGCCCGAAAUCCCAGAAACACUAGGAAACCUAACCAAGAACCGAGCGAUUCACAAAAUCAACAUCUGUGGAACUUCAAAAGGGUUUGGAGAAACAUAAUCCCGAGUCGCAGGAGUUUAAUUUUUGCUCUCAAGUGCUCACUUGCAUUAGGCCUUGCUGUGUUAUUCGGCUUGUUGUAUAACAAGGAAAACGGAUACUGGUCAGGCCUCACCAUUGCCAUCAGCUUUGUAACAGGAAGGCAAGCAACAUUCACAGUUACAAAUGCCCGAGUUCAAGGAACGGCACUAGGAUCGAUCUACGGGAUCCUAUGGUUUUUUAUUUUCCACGGACUUGAGAAAUUCAGGCUCUUACCACUCUUACCUUGGAUCAUUAUCUGCCAUUUUCUUAGGUAUAGCAGGAUGUAUGGCCAAGCUGGUGGCGUCUCAGCAGCCAUUGGGGCUCUACUAAUCUUGGGUAGGGACAACUAUGGUGCUCCAAGUGAAUUUGCGAUUGCAAGAAUCAUAGAGGCUUCCAUUGGGUUGCUUUGUUUUCUAACAGUAGAGAUCGCCUUUUAUCCAAUGAGAGCGGCGACCCUAGCAAAAAACAAGCUCUCACAAAGCAUGGGGGUGCUUCGAGAUUCCAUCGAAGGAGUAAAUUUGUGUGCACCGGCUUCUACCGGAUUGAGGGAUAAGCAGAGGAAGCUAAAAUCCCAUGUCAAGGAACUAGAAAAGUUCAUCCAAGAAGCUGAAACAGAGCCUAAUUGCUGGUUCUUGCCCUUCAAGGGUUCCGGUUACAAUCAGGUCCUAGGAUCUUUAUCGAAAAUCGCUGAUCUAUUACUCUUUGUGGCCUAUAAAACGGAGUUUCUCGCACAAGUUGAGCAGAACUUUGGAGGUGUUUGGGAGGAACUACGGCAACAAAUGAAUGCAGAUCUAGGGCUACUAAAGGAAAAAAUAAACUCUCCAUUAAGAUGCCUUGAGGAGGCCACUUCGAUCAAGCCCCUGCAGGUAUCCGAGACAAAGUCGGAAAGUGAUUACCAUGAUAGCGAAUUGGGCAACCCACCAAGGGGAUUUGCAACUUUGGGUACUGAUGAUGAAGAGGUGGAGACUAUUGUGAGUAAUUUUCUUCAACAUUUGCAGGAAGUAGCUGACAAGGUACAUGCUAGCAACAGUGAAGAGAAACACAAGAGCCAAAUGGUUCUUUGUUUAACUAGCCUGGGAUUCUGCAUUCAAAGCAUUACGAGAGAAACAAUGGAGAUGAAGAAAGAUGUGAGAAAACUAGUCAAAUUUAAUGCACAUACAUAG